AUGCAGAUGUCUCGCACUCCCUCGACUGCGACGCCUUCUUGGCUUCUCUUCGAGAGGAAGCUUGAGGAGGUCAAGCCAUCCAGAACUGAUAUAAAUUACCUGGUCAUGGACUACCUCCUUACCAAUGGCUAUCCCGCUGCUGCGAAGAAAUUCGCAGUGGAGGCCAAUAUCCAAGUCAGAACGGAUUUCGAACCCAUCCAGGAGCGGGUAGACAUCCGUACUGCAAUUCACUCUGGUGAUAUCCAGGCGGCGGUCGAAAAGAUCAACGAGCUAAACCCUCAGAUCCUUGACGAAGAUCCAUCUUUGCACUUUGCUCUCUUGCGCUUGCAGUUGGUCGAACUCAUCCGCACUUGCAUGGACACCCCCGGUAGCGAUAUUACUCCCGUCCUGGACUUUGCAACGGCCGAGCUUGCACCCCGUGCUCCUACAAAGCCUCAGUUCCUGGCAGAUCUUGAGCGGACCCUUGCUCUUUUGAUUUUCCCCAGUGAUAAACUGGCUCCCUCGCUUGCCUCACUUCUGGAUCCUGCGCUCCGUAAAGAGAUUGCUACACAAGUCAACGAGGCAAUUUUGCAGAACCAGGGCGCUCGUAAAGAGGCCCGGCUCCGCAGUCUCGUGAAGACGCGUGCAUAUGCUGAGCAGAAGGCACGAGAGGCCAAGAGGGACAUCCCAGAUACUCUUGACAUUGGCUUGGCUGGCAAUGCUCACGAAAACAGUAACCGUAAUGAUGACCUCGCUACUAAUAUCCGUGACACUCUGAUGUCCAAUAACAGCGAUUUGGACCCUAUGAUCGGUUGA